AUGGAGAGGGCCCGUGUGCCCUCCUCGGCUUUACCCCCGAGACCCCAGCAGAGACGGGUUCGAGUCCUCGGCCGUCUCGCCCCGGCCGACGCCUGGAUCUCACAAAACCCGCAAACCGGCCAAAUCUCGUUACGAGGGGUCGAAAAGCCACAACUGAAGGGGGCGUUUGAUGCGUUGUUCGCACCAGAAGUCAACCAGGAAGAAGUCUCCUCAACCGUCCUCCCCGACCUGCUCCACAGCCUUUUUAAUGGCAUCGACUCGUCGCUGGUGUCGUUUGGAGGGUUCUCGAAAGGAAAAGCGGAUUGCCUCUACGACCCGGCCGGCCUGUACCGAAGUGCCAUCUACUGGGCAUUUCAACUCCUCGAUGAGUAUCGACUAAAAAGACCGGAUUGCCGGUUUUCGCUCAGACUAUCCGCCCUCUACUACCAACAACGCGACGGGCUGCUCGACGAUUUGUUUGGGCAGUUUAACAGUGACCGACGCCGGCAAGGAGUUCGAGUGGUCGAGGAGCCAUCUACCGGCCCGAGGACGGAAUUCGAGAGCGAGCUGGCCGUGGACAGUCUCGAGCAGGCGCUUUUCUACCUCGAUUCGGCAAUUUCGAAGCGGUUAGGAGACGAUGAAGAUGCCCAUCGUUCUCGUCACCUAUUCGUCACCCUCUCCCUGUACGCUUACAGAGCGGGUACGGUAGGGGCGGAGUGUGGCGGAAAAUCGAGAAUGACGAUGAUCGAUCUCGGUCUCGGCGAGCGAAAUUCCCAGCACGGCGAGCUGACGAUGCCCGUCAUCGGGAAUAUGCUUUUAAUGCUGCUGCAAGGCCAAAAACAUCUACCAGCCAGGGACAAUCUACUGUACCGCCUACUCCGGGUCGGACUGACCCCCUCGAAAAACACGACACUCCUGUGUACAUUCACCGGAAGGGCCGAUGAGGACGAGAGUAUGCUUCAGCUGGUGGCGAAGAUUGCAAAAGCGAAGCGGGCGGCAAGGAGGGUCAAGACUCUGAGCGAUGGCGGGUCAAGAAGAGGGGAACUACGCUCUUCAGAAGUGGAAUCAUCAAGUGAACAAAGUGGAGCGGAGACUAUCAUUUUCCUGGGGGCCAAUGGUGCCGAAAUGGAGGAAGAGCGGCGCAAAGCAAUCCUGGAAUGGAUGGAUGGGCAUCAAGCAGAGACCAUGGAGAUGGGAAUACAAUGCGGUGACGGGGAUGUUUCAGAGGAUGAGGAGGCGCCGGGGAGCUGCUGCCCGAGUCCGAGAGAAUCCCUGCCCGUAACCCGCGCCCCCCUGGAGGACAUCAUCGAGAUGGACGAGGACUCGAUGAAGAGCUCGACCAGGUCGAUGCGAGACCGGCAGGACGGGUCGGCCGAUGGUCGACAGACUAAUGGCAGGGAACGGGAAUCGCUGGCACAGCGGAGCCCAUCUACUGAUCAUCAUCCGCUCUCUAUACUUUCGCGAGAAGGGAUCAAUCACGUCUCAUCUACCAAUGCCUCCGUCUUCAAGCAGGAGGAGGGUAGCGAAUCGGAACUCGCCCGAAUGAUGGCCGCCUCGGUGAACAACUCCAUGAGGAGUCACGAAAUUUUGAGCCGGGUGCUGAAGGAAGAGGAGCGCCGGAAAAAGAAGAUGGCCAACGGCUUGUUGGGCUGCUGCCAACAGCAACAGUCCACCAGCUCGUCGAUAAUGGCCGGAGGGGUGGAGGACGAGCAGAAGAAGUGGAAGGACGAGUUGAGGAGGAGGAGGGACGAGUUGAAAGGUGACGGAAGUGAAGCAAUCUGCGGGCUGCGGGUCGUCAGGAAGAGAAGAUCGGCGAGUUAUCGGAAUCGAAAUCGGGACAGCUAUUCGGCGAGUUCGGGCUACGAGAGCGCGUCUGCGGACUACCACAAAUUUCACGGGAAGCAACCGCCGGCGACGCUUCGACUUUUGGCCGAGAAGCCAACCACGAACUUGCGCGAAAUCGAAGGUCUUCGAGAAGAGCAGAGGACCUUAAGACGACAGCUAUCCGCUGCUUAUGAACGAAUGGGACAAAGUCCGAGGGCAGAAGUGUGGAUCGGAGAGCCGCAUGAAGCCUCACUGGCAGCCCCGGGGACCAUUACGGAAGCGUUGAGACAGGAAAACCGCAUCCUCGAAAAACGCCUUCUCGCUACCCAAAAUCACUGUAUGCUCGUCACGGCAUUUUUG